AUGUUAAAGUUCUGUGAGAAGUACGCGACUGGAUGCUCAACAACCGUGCGGUCAGGCUGCAACAACACAGCGCCUACUGUCAGACUGCAACAACACAGUGCCUACUCCAACCCCGCUGGCCCCACUCCAACCCCGCUGGCCCCACUCCAACCCCGCUGGCCCCACUCCAACCCCGCUGGCCCCACUCCAACCCCCCUGGCCCCCACUCCAAACCCGCUGGCCCCACUCCAACCCCGCUGGCCCCACUCCAACCCCGCUGGCCCCACUCCAACCCCGCUGGCCCCACUCCAACCCCGCUGGCCCCACUCCAACCCCGCUGGCCCCCACUCCAACCCCGCUGGCCCCACUCCAACCCCGCUGGCCCCACUCCAACCCCGCUGGCCCCCACUCCAACCCCGCUGGCCCCACUCCAACCCCGCUGGCCCCACUCCAACCCCGCUGGCCCCACUCCAACCCCGCUGGCCCCACUCCAACCCCGCUGGCCCCACUCCAACCCCGCUGGCCCCCACUCCAAACCCGCUGGCCCCACUCCAAACCUGCUGGCCCCACUCCAACCCCGCUGGCCCCCACUCCAAACCCGCUGGCCCCACUCCAACCCCGCUGGCCCCCACUCCAAACCCGCUGGCCCCACUCCAAACCCGCUGGCCCCACUCCAACCCCGCUGGCGUCCACUUGCAGGACGAACGAGCGAUCAAAGCAAGGUGCGGCAAGAACUGGUGCAUUGCAUGGCAAAGCUUUUGCUGA